ACCAGCACGCUGGUCAUCCCCGUCAGCGUGCGUCUCGCCGUGGCUUUCACCUGUACGUUUGGAAAAUGGCGUGUGUGUGUGUACGAGCAGUGAGACAGAGCUACUCACUCAUCAUUUCCUCCGGGCUACUAAGAGCAUCUCCACGACUGCUAUGCACAGCCACCCAGCAGAAGAAUGGCCCAGGGUCAGAGGAGGAAGCUGACAGGACAGAGCAAGGUGCAGCAGAGAAAGUCCUCACGGAGGAGAAGACUCAGCUGGAAGAGCAACUCAAGGACAUGACGGAAAAGUACAAGAGGGCCUUAGCAGACACUGAAAACUUGAGGACAAGGAGUCAAAGGAUGGUAGAAGAUGCUAAGUUAUAUGGGAUCCAAGGCUUUUGCAAGGACCUGCUGGAGGUGGCCGACAUCCUGGAAAAGGCCACGGAGAGCGUACCUAAAGAGGAGGUGACGAGCCAGAACCCGCACCUGAAGAACCUGUUUGACGGCCUGGUGAUGACCGAGGUCCAGAUCCAGAAGGUUUUCACCAAGCACGGCCUGGUCCGGCUCAACCCGGAGGGCCAGAAGUUCGACCCUUACGAGCACGAAGCGCUCUUCCACGCCCCGGUGGAGGGCAAAGAGCCAGGCGCCGUCGCCAUAGUAACCAAAGUGGGCUACAAGCUCCACGGCCGCACCCUCAGGCCAGCGUUGGUGGGCGUGGCCAAGUAAACUGAUGAGGAGGGUCGAUGGUGUCGUUGCCUGGACAAUGGAAGACCUCAGGUACAGCACCCAGCUCCAGGUCCUCCCAUCGCUCUGGCAGCACCCCGGGGUGUCUCAGAGACGGGACCCAAGCAACGCUUCUCUACGGACACCAUCCAACGAUUUUAAGAGAUAUGCUUUUCAGGCACAGGACAUUGUUUUCACUCAAAUUCCUGUAUGUUACCAGACUUGAGGUGACUUUCUUUUUUUUUUCUUCCAGAUAUCGACAGAUUAUUAAAGCAGCACAAAUGACUUUUGUUCACGUUUGUUCACUUUUAUUUGAAGGAGUACAGGACUGUCUCAGAAAAUUAGAAUAUUGGGAUAAAGUUCUUUAUUUUCUGUAAUGCAAUUUAAAAAAAAAAAAAAAA